AAGGAACAGAAUCUGGUCCUGUUCUGUGAAUUAGCUGACAGUGAGCCAUGGCGACGGCUAUUAUUACCGCAUCGCUCCACUCUCGCCCCAAACACAACGCGACACAGACACAGACAGUCGACGAGCUCCCCAAGGGCUCCCUUCGGCGAUGUGAUCACUGCCCUACUUACUACUUACCCCUCCUCGUCAAAGGUCGAACUCGGCGUUGUUAAGAGAGACCCUUUUUACAGCACGAAGAAGAAGAAGAAGAAGAAGAAGUAGAAGAAUUAUUCCUCUGAGAACCAUCACAUUCCAUGCACUCUGGUUUUCUAUUUUUAAAAAACGAGGCCCCGCCUUCGCAUUCUGAGAAGGUUGCCUCAGUCAACAGGGCUAUACUCAUGAGCUUCGGAGCUGGUACAACGAUGAACGCUGCCAUGCAAACUGGAACGUGAGCCACGAUGACAUCUGCUUAGCGUUUAUCUCCUCGUUGGGUGGCGUUUGGUGGUGAGUUAGUUUCAUCGUUGUGGGAAAUUUGUUGAGGUUUAAAGUGUGGGAGCUUUCCAUUGCAUGUCGGCGGAGGAUGUUUGGGCGAGGAGGGGGUUGGCAUGGUGCGUUUGUGUGGAGGCCUGCUUCCAUGCUGUGCGAUAGUAUCUCACGAUUUAAGACAUGAUGGAAUUUCAUUUACGCUCCUAGUUCUGAUGAUCUGGACUUGGGUCUAGCUGGGAUUGGAGCUCCAGGGGGUUAGGGUGAAGGAGUGAUAUGAGUGUUCCAGGCGGAGAGAGGACGUAUGGGAUCUUUAGUUCAUUCUCCUAGUGAGGAAUACCUAGCCUUAGUCAACAAGGCUCACAGCAAGUUUGCUAGACUGCGGGACUUUCCUCCCUGUGGUCGCAACAAAUGGGAUUACUAUUUUCACAAGGCCUUUCAGGUGUACUCCAAGCUAUGGAAGUACCAACAAGAGAAUCGUCUCCAAUUGGUAGACGCUGGCUUAAAACGUUGGGAAGUAGGCGAUAUCGCUUCUCGAAUCGGGCAAUUGUAUUACAAUUACUAUCUGCGCACCAGCGAUGUCAAGUUCCUGACGGAGGCAUUCAUUUUCUACGAAGCUAUCUUGACACGCGAUUAUUUUAAGGAUGAUGACAAGGAUGCUUUCUUGGCCAACAAACAGUUGCGCUACUUUGCACGAUUCAUUGUGAUUUGCUUGCUGCUAAACCGAAGGGAGAAGGUGCAGCUGCUGAUGCGUGAAUUGCGAACCCUUGUGGGGGGAUUCAGCCGCACAUGCCAGGGCAUUGACGCAAAGGAGUGGAGGGUGGUGGUGCAAGAGAUAGUUCGAUUCAUGAAAGCUGAUGCUGCAUGUGACAUGAGCAGGCCUUUGAGAUACAGCGUGCUGCUGGAUUCUCAUCCUUCCUCAAUUCCAGUGGUGGAAAAGCUGGAAGGCGCCAAACCUCUGCGACUGGAAGAUGCUAUUCUUGCAAGCUACUAUCACAAGGAGGCUAGUUCCCUUCUCUUGAUCAAGUUUAGUGAGCUGUCUCUUGACACAUUUCGAAUGCUGCAAGUCUUGGAAUGGGAACCUAGCGGCUCCCUGUACCGCACUCGUAUCAGCGAGCCCAGUAGCAGGAUGAGCGCAUCAGGGCACGUUGGAGUUAUCGAAGAAAUACCCGACCCUAGCCUACCACCCAACCCUCACAAAUACAUCUUGUAUCGACCAUCUGUCCAGCAUUUUCUUCUCGUUUUGGCUACAGUGUGUGAAGAGGUGCCAGCUAAUUCUUGCGUGUUGCUAUAUGUGGCUGCGUCGGGCAAGUCAGCGCGGUCCUCGAUGUUUCAUCAUCCAUCCUCAGCAAAUUUGAUGAUGGAUAUGUCAUCGGAAAAUGACAAGAUUGUCUCUUUGACUCCUACUCUAAGCUUAAACCAGUUAAUAGUCUCUCAGAUUCAAUCUUACGUGAGACCUAGUGUGGACGGUAUGACAGUUGAGGUUGACCAAAGUGACACCUCAGCAGCAAGUACGCCUGCAGACAGUCCUAGAAAAGGAAUUCCCGGGGAUCGGAGGUUCCCUGAGUUUCCUGAUAGCCUCGGACCUGGGCUUUGGCUGGGUUCAAGGCGUAGCCCAGGUGAUGACUUCCUCCAUCCGAGUGACAUUCUUCCAUUUACUCGUCGCCCUCUCUUCAUUGUGGUUGACAGUGAUAACAGCUCUGUCUUCGAGAGUCUGAUUGGAAACGAGAGAGGAGAACCAGCAGUUCUGCUGCUGUCACCGAGCUUGCACCCUGAUGAGAAAGGCAUGGGAGUACCAGCUUCUACAUAUCACCCCAAUAGCUGUGGCAACAUGUUCACAUACUUCCUGACUGCCCCAUUUCUUGCGUUUUGCCGAGUUGUUGAAGUCUCAGUACAAACCUUACAGAAGGGCCAACUUGAACAUACGGAGAAGUUCUUAUCAACACUAAUGGCGGACUUGGGCAACAUCCUGGCCGCAUCAUCCUCAAUCAACCACACCUGGGCUCGUGUGUUGUACGAUCCUUUCCUCCGUCAACUUGUACUAAGAUUCAUUUUAUGUCGAGGAGUUUUUGCACUCCAUUCAAAGUUUCGUGGCAAGCCUGAGUUUCUACCGAGGUGUUGUCCUGCGCUGCCUGAGGAGGUCUUUUCGAAUACUCCCACAGUUGAAUCUCUGGUUAGGUAUCUCGCAAGUAGCAUGGGAGUGGCUGACCAGUUCAAGUUUCCUAAUGCAUCCUUGAAAAUGUUUGAAGAAGGUUCUGAGGGAAUGUCAAAUUGAACCUCAACCUCGGAUUUAUCUCUUAUUAAGUUUUGCAAUCAGGGCGUGGGCAACUGAAAUAUUUGAGGUGCCACAGGAGGUCGAUCAAUUUAAAAAUACAGUGGUGCAGGUUUGAAAAUUGCACGGAGAGGUUCAGAAAGUAUAGUUACGGUCACGCACAAGGAGUGUCGAACAGUUUCGUGCUUCAUGAAUAGUUGUAAAAAAAUCCAUCGUUUUCUCGAGUUAGUAAGCAGUCAUCCUUUAAUCCGAGCGUCAACUCUGUUUGCUCUCGCAACCAGACAGAGUUUUUGUGUACUUGAACGAUGUUUAUAAAACACCAUAUUAUGUCAA